AUGGUCGUCCUCACCUCUCAUUUCACCCUCCUUGCUACCCUGUCGUCCAUCGCGGCGAUCUCGCUUCUUCCGACGCCUGCCGACGCGGCUGCCAUCCAAGUUCGGUAUCAGGACGAGCCUAGCCAGCCCAUCGCCGCUCGUCAUUCCGCUUCUCAUGGGAAAUCUGGGAAGAAGGCAGAAAGCACCAAGCACUCUGACUCGUCUACGUCAGACUUGAAGGCGUCGUCGUCGAAGAUGGUAGCAUCGACAAAGAAUGCGGCGGACACACCUCAGCGGCACCCGAAGCCGGUCGUUCCUUUGCCUGCUCGGAUGGCACAGAAGAGCGCACAGAAGGCGUCUUCUACGAAGAAGGCUGGUGGCAGUGAUGGGGGACAUUCGGGCACGAAGGAGCCGAAGCAUUCGGAAUCCAGGCGAGCGGUUUGGAACCCUAUCGACCCCGUUUCUCGCAUGGAGCGGUUUUGGAUGGGCGGCCGGGAUGGCAUGCCCGCGCACCUCGACAAGAGGCAUCACCACCACGAUGAUGAUCACCACGAUCACGAGAAGGUCAUCGUAGACGGCGACCACGACCAUGUCGACGUUCACCGUCGGUCGGUCACUCAGGCCAGGGUUGCCAGAGCUCCCCACGACGACCAUGACCGCAUUCUUGUAGAGGGCCACAACGAUCACGUCCACGUCCACGACAACGACAACCACGACGAUCACGACCGUGUAGUUGUGAAGGGCGAUGACGACCACGUCCAUGUCCACCGUUCACCGUCACCCCACCACCACGGUGCUCACCACGAUGAAGUUAUGGUCAAGGGAGACCACGACUCCGUCCACUUCCAUCGGUCUCCGGAACCUGCACCCCACCACCACCACGACCAUCAUGAUCAUGACACCGUCGUUGUGAAGGGUGACAACGACCAUGUCAAGGUCCAUCGCCGCUCUCCUGCCCCUCACCGUCGUCACCACCACACGGUAGUAGUCAAAGGGGAUAACCAGCACGUCCACGUCGGUCGUUCCCCCGCGCCUGUGCCCCAGCCCCAUAGCCAUGAUCGCCACCACGACAAGGUGGUGGUCGAAGGCGAUCACGACCACGUCAAUGUCCACCGAAGGAGCUACUGGGGCUACCAGCCUAUCCUCAUUUCCGGGAACGGAGGACACGUGUACCACGUUCAUCAUGCGUCGGCUCAACAAGACUCGCCCAAAGACAUGGUCAAUGUGAACCUGAAUCUGCGACGCGAUGGCGGGACGAUGAAUGGUGUUCCCGGGUCCAUUGAUAUCAUGAGUCCGGGGCCUAAUUCGGAUGUGGCUCAAAGGAUUGCGUCUCUCGUCCUUGCUGCACCGGGUAAUGGGACCACUGGCGACAACUCGACGAGUGCAACUUUCGUGCUCAACGCGUCAGAUACAAACAGCACCCAGUUGUACCUGGUCCCCUUACCAGCCUCCGACGUCGAUGCACUCUCGGCCGAUCCCGCUUCGUCUCCACCCACCUCGCCGCCGACAUUCAUCAAGGUGGCGCUGCAGAUGGCUAUGUUCGACCCGCAGACCGCGCAGCUUCGCUCAUACUGCACGACCUUCGAUCCCCGCCCCGCCGCCCCGGCUCCGAUGACGGUAGAGGCAUGUACGGACGGCUCUUCUACCGACGAACAUAAGAGUCAAGUCUUUGCAUACGAACCCGGUUCGGGCGCCAUUCGGCCGAUGUGGUAUGAGGGUCAGGAUAGCGCCGCCGAAGAUGACUCCGAUAGCUCGACGGUCCCUACAGACGAUCCGUCCGAUGGCGACGGGUCUGACGAUGAUCUAGGCGGUACUAGUAACUCGACAACGGUCGAUCCGACCACCCCUACCAGCAGCAAGGUUGUGAACGUCACGAGCUUUCAACAAGAGGCGCUGGAGGAGCAGUAUGGCGACGCGACACGACCCCCGACUCGCAUGGCGUCGUUCAAGACUUUCGCAGCCGACAUUUCCUCGAACGCCCGGAAUGUCACCCUGAUGUUCAGUCCCGUCUCCCCCGAGGUCCCCCCAGCCGCCCCUGUGGCUCAAGACAAGGCUGCGGUACCAGUUUCGAGUACCGAGCUGGCGUCGUCUACAGCUUCUGUCUCUGGGACGGCUACCUCGACUGCUAUGUCUGAUACCGCCACUGCGGUCAUGACAACCUCCUCAGCGGCUUCUUCCGAAGCGACAGAGACUUUGACCUCCUCCGACACGUCUUCUGACACCGCCUCCACAACGUCGUCGUCGGCGCCAUCUAGCGCGAGCUCGACUGUCACUGAGUCGACUACUAGUGCAUCUGCUACCGCUUCCUCUGCGUUCGAAGUGAAGGUCUACAACCCGUACGCCGAGGACUCGGACUCGGACUCGAUCAGCUCCUCAGCGACGACCACCUUCUCGUCGACUAGUACUCCGGCGGCAUCGGCCACAAUGACGCCCGUCAGCACAGCACCAUACGAGUGGAUGUUCAAGCAGGGGUCGCUCCCAGACCUGGACUGA